AAGAAGAAGACUAAGGAGAAGACAACUACCGCGGCGGUUGCGGGAAGACGACACGGCGCGCGCAAGGUAGGAGUCGAAACCGGUCUCGUUCGGUUCUGGUUCCGUCUCAGGCAAUCACACGUGCCCGGCGCGCUCAGUCCCAUUAUCACGGGCGAUCCCGUCGCUGCCACAACGUUACGUGAUACCUAUCAUCGCCGUCAGCAGGCCAACGACGACGACGACGACGUCUAACGCAUCAAAGUUUAUUCUUUUUCAAAUUCCAUUUUUUUUUUUUAUUCUCCGCACUUGAACGUUCGGUGUGAUUGUAGUCGAUAAUAGCAUACGCCAUAUUGUAUGUGCAUAGGUGUUUCGUUUCGGAGGCGUUGGCCACUGAGAUCUUAUUAACAAUUAUACGAGCACAAUAUAUAUUCUAAAAUAACGCGCAUAAUCGACCGCCGUUUUUGUCAUUUCGUUUUCGCGAUCGGUAUACUAUUUACCCUCUAUCAUUCGAGUUAUAUAUUUUUUAUUGUUUUAUUAUCUGUUUCGCGACGUGCGAUGGUCCGGUCGAGCGAUCCGCCGGCAAUCAGUUACAGGUGACGACGGCCAACCGUCAGCACACAGCAUUCGAACGUCGCGCGUCCAACGAUGACGACCGAUGACGAACGUCGGAUAUGAACACUGGACCCGGUCAGGGUGCCCAUGGGCCAUUGUCUCUGCCAAACUGGUGGCCCACCGACCCUCGUCACACCACUUCAUCGACCUCGGAUGUCAUGAGUCAGCUAUGUCGUGUGUGCGGAGAACCAGCCGCCGGUUUUCAUUUCGGAGCGUUUACGUGUGAAGGAUGCAAGUCGUUUUUUGGUCGGACCUACAACAACCUGAGCUCGAUAUCGGAGUGCAAGAACAACGGCGAGUGCGUGAUCAACAAGAAGAACAGGACGUCGUGCAAGGCGUGCCGGCUACGCAAAUGUCUGGUGGUGGGCAUGUCCAAGAGCGGGUCACGGUACGGCCGGCGAUCCAACUGGUUCAAGAUCCAUUGCCUGCUCCAGGAACAGCAGCAGCACCAUCACCACCACAACAACAACAGCCAGCACCAACAGCAGCAACACCCGCACCAGCAACAGCAACACUCGCAUCAGCAACAACAACAACAACACCGGCCGUCCGCGGGCCUACAUUUCCAGCAACAGUCGGCGGCCGGCUGCAGAAUGUCGCUGGACCAGGGCCGCACGCCUCCGCUUCCGCCGAUGUGGGCAGACGUCAAACAUCACCUCCGCCUGGACGCGGACAACAACAACUCCGUGGCCGGUGACCUGAACAAAGAUGGCGUCGGCGGCCGGCUGUCCGUGUCCGCUGCCGCCGCCGCGGCCGUCGUACAGGCCGUCCGACCGGAACUGCUCCGGUGGCCUUCGCCGUUCUUCUCGGCGUUUCCGUUCCCGCCUCCGGCGCCGUUCUUCCUGGCCCUGCAGCAACAGCAGCAACAGCAUCAGCAACAGCAACAGUCGCCGCAGCCGCCGCCGACGACACCGCCGCACGGACACCGGUCAUCGCCGAGUCCACCGUACCGGUCAUCGACGGACGACGACAGCGGUGCGGGGGAACGCGACGAAGACGGCGACCACAGCGACGGUCCACCGUCUUCCAAGCGCUUGGCCGCACCUCGCGACCUGCCGCCGGUCCAGGAGUCGCCGAUGGACUUGUCGGUGACCGCGGCCGCGUCCACGCCCUCGCGGCCACCGCCCUUCGGUUUCCCAACACUUCUCCCGUACGUUGGCGGACGGUCGCCCGGCCACAGUCCGGACCGGUCGCGUCGCCGGCGCCAGCGGCCGCGCAGGCGGAGACCACAACAGGUGUUAGAAUUUGCGGCCGCUGUGGACCGGACGUCUGGUUCGGACGACGACUGCGCGGCCGGAACUGAUUCGGCGCGAGACUCCGACUCAAACGAAUCGGCGACCGGCCUGCCGGAGAAAAACGCGCCACUGGAUUUGACGUUCAACCGGUCGUAGACGAAAUUUUAUUUUUAAUAUUAUUAAUAUAAAUAUAACGUGAUAAAUUUGUCGGUGUUUAUUUCUCUCUCUCUCUCUUUCUUUCUUUCUUUCUCUAUAUUUCCUAUAACGCUCUUUCUAAAUUAUUAUGAUGUAAAAAACUUUGUCUUCUAAAGACGUGCCGCAGGUAUAUAUCAUCAUUAUCAUUUCUAUUAUUGUUAUAUUUAUAUAUAGUAUGUUAUAUAUUAUAUAUAUAUGGUGUGAUCGAUUAUGUUCAUGUGUAAACAAAUUAUAAUAAACAACUCGUGUAACGUGUAUGUCCGAAUUAUAAAACGUGAUAGGCUAAUUGGACUCGACA